UUUCCUUUUCCCCCCAUCUCCACCGCGGCGCUGCUGAGUGGGGGAUCGCACCGAAUAGUGCGUUUGGGAUGGUGAAGCAGCACCAGCAGAGGAUUAGUGAUUGAGCACGAUUUGCGUAAAAGUCAACUGUCACAUUUUUGGGGGGAGAGGUGGACCGGGGCUUGAUCAUCUGGCAGCUUCGUCCCCCUCUCGUUUUGAUAUACAUUUUUUUUUAUUGGUUGUAGUCCUGAUUUUUUUUUAUUUUUUCAUUUCUACCCAUCAUCAUCCGUUUUUUAUUUCAAGCGCGCAAAGUCACAUCUGCGUAGGAGAGCGCCUGGCGCACUUCAUCUCCAAAAGGACAGAGAGAGAGAGAGAGAGAGAGAGAGAGAGAGAGAGAGGGAGAAAGAGAGAGAGAGAGAGAGAGAGAUCUCCAUUCUUCUGUUUGGGAUUUUAAACCGGACGAGUGGCUGAAUGGGUGACCUCGCUCAAACACAGACUAUCACCGGCUUGCACCCAUUUUAUGGAAACGUGUUUUCUCUAUUGACCCGGAGUUGUGAUGUCCACAGCCUUCCCCACUGACUGACAAACGGCGUCGUACCAUUUUGGAAUCGAGUUGAAGGCUGUGAGGACGGGGGGAAGAUGAGACCUCCCAGCCCUCUGCUGAUCCUGCUGUACGUCACGCUGUCCAAGACUGUGAAGGUGGUCUCAAAGAGAGGCUCAGUGGACGGCUGUACAGACUGGUCAGUGGACUACUUAAAGUACCGGGUGCUGCAGGGUGAGCCAGUGCGGCUGAAGUGCGCUCUGUUUUAUGGUUACAUCCGGGCAAACUACAGCCAGGCGCAGAGCGUGGGCCUCAGCCUCAUGUGGUACCGCAGCUCCGGCCUGGGCCACAGCGACUUCGAGGAACCCAUCUCCUUCGACGGUAUACGCAUGAGCAAGGAGGAGGAUGCCAUCUGGUUCAGACCUGCUGAAAUCCAGGACGCCGGCCUCUACUCCUGCGUCUUACGGAACUCCACGUACUGCAUGAAGGUGUCCAUGUCCCUGACUGUGGCGGAGAAUGACACAAACCUGUGCUACAACUCCAACAUGAGACGAACCGAGAAGGCUGAGCUCAGCAAGAGCAAAGACAUCCUCUGUCCUGACAUAGAUGACUAUGUUGAACCGGGCAAAGAGCCGGACAUCACCUGGUACAAGGAGUGCCGUCCAAAGCAGUGGCGUGCCAGCAUCAUCCAGAAGAGAGACAUUCUGUCCAUCCAGGAGGUAAAGGAAGAUGACAUUGGGAAUUACACCUGUGAAGUCCAGUUUGGUGGAUUUGUGGUGAGGAGGACGACGGAGCUCACCGUCACCGCUCCUUUGACCGACAAGCCGCCAAAGAUCCUGUUCCCCUCCGAAAACAAGAUUAGCAACAUGGAGCUGCAGCUAGGAAGUGCUUUGAACCUGACUUGCCGGGCGUUCUUCGGCUACAGCGGCGACGUGAGCCCGCUCAUCUACUGGAUGAAGGGAGAGAAGUUCAUCGAGGACUUGGACGAGGAGAGAGUCCAGGAGAGCGACAUCAAGGUGGUCAAGGAGCAUCUUGGUGAGCAGGAAGUGGCCAUUUCUUUGACUAUUGACUCGUUGGAGGAGGAGGACCUGGGAAAUUAUUCCUGUUAUGUGGAAAACGGUAACGGCCGACGCCAAGCUACCAUCCAGCUCCUCAAGCGGGCAGAGCUCAUGUACACCGUGGAGCUGGCAGGAGGGCUGGGAGCGAUCCUGCUGCUACUCAUCUUCCUCAUCUCCCUCUACAAAUGCUACAAGAUCGAGCUGAUGCUUUUCUAUAGGAGGCACUUUGGCAGCGAAGACGUGGAUGGAGAAAACAAAGACUACGAUGCGUACCUGUCCUACACCAAAGUGGACCCUGACCAGUGGAGUCAGGAGACCAGGGAGGAGGAACGCUUCGCCCUGGAGAUCCUCCCUGAUGUCCUGGAGAAACACUACGGCUACAAACUCUUCAUCCCAGAUCGAGACCUCAUUCCAACCGGAAGUCUCACCAAUGAGCAUUACCAGGAUGACACGCGACUCUUUGGAGCCUACAUCGAGGAUGUGGCUCGCUGCGUGGACCAGAGCAAACGCCUCAUUAUAGUCAUGACACCCAACUAUGUGGUGCGGCGAGGCUGGAGCAUCUUUGAGCUGGAGACGCGGCUGCGCAACAUGCUGGUGACUGGCGAGAUCAAAGUCAUCCUGAUCGAGUGCGCAGAGUUACGCGGCAUCAUGAACUACCAGGAGGUGGAGGCUCUUAAGCAUACCAUUAAAACCCUCACCGUCAUCAAGUGGCGCGGCACCCAGAGCAACAAGCUCAACUCCAAGUUCUGGAAGCAGCUGCAGUACGAGAUGCCGUUCAGGCGCACAGAGCCCAUGCUCACCCACGAGCCGGCGCUGGACGUCAGCGAGCAGGGUCCCUUCGGAGAGCUGCAGACCGUCUCUGCCAUCUCCAUGGCGGCGGCCACCUCCACCGCUAUGGCUACCGCCCACCCCGAGCUGCGCUCGUCUUUCCACAACACCUACCACACCACCAUGAGGCAGAAACACUACUACCGCAGCUACGAGUAUGACAUACCACCCGGAGGGACCCUGCCACCUCUCUCCUCUCUGGGGAACCAGCACACCUACUGCAACAUCCCACUGACACUGCUGAACGGACAGAGGCCUCCCGGGAAGAGCCGGGAGCACAGCCUGGAGGAGGCGCACGCUAACAACGCCAUGCUCCCUCUGCUGCCAAGAGAAACCAGCAUCUCCAGCGUCAUCUGGUAAUGAUGAACACGACUGGGCAUGAGCUGUGAGGGAGAGCAGUCAGGACCAGACGCGCUGGGCUCUUAAGAACACGGUUCAUGGUCACGUUUUGGAUCCGACUGUUGCAGAAAGUGACGGCAGGUUUUUUCUGGUUGUUUUUCUGCCUCUGUUCCAGAUGUUUUCUGCGUGGAACUACAGGAGAUGAAGGCGAUGAAAACACUGGCGAGAUACGGACUCGCAAGAACUCCCCAUUAAAGAACCAACACACUAUGGCAAUUGUUCACACACACACACACACACACACACACAAAUGUGCAUACACACAUACUAAAAGGAAAACAGGGUCUUGUACAUAUAUUUCACUUUCUUUGUAGCAUUAGUGUUUUCCUGUUCUGUUCUUUCGUUUCUUCUUUUCAAUCAUGUUCGUUGCCUUCUCCACUGUAGGACUUUGCUUUAACUUGUUAUACAGAGUUGUAUAUUUUUUAUUGUUUUCUUCUUUCAGUUAUUUUUUAUUCUUAUUUCAACGCGCUUGUUUGGGAAGCCAGUAUGUCACGUACCUGCUGUCUUAUUUCUUUUUUCUUUUUUUGUGUGUGUUUGUUUGUUUUGAAAUCUUUGUGUAGUUUAAGAGAAACAUUUUUUAACACCUUUUUUUGAAAUCGCCUGGACAUUUCAGGAGCUUCGAGGAGCUGAAACUUUUUUUUUCUUUUUUCUUUUUUACCUGUAAAAGGUGUAUCUAGUUUAAAAAGGAAAACUCUCUUUUAAAAAAUCAUAGAAUAUGCAAAAAGAAGGGAGGAGCUGGCAAAAAUAUAUACCGUCCUGUGUGGGACCGAGACGGAGGAGGAGGAGGAGGAGGAGGAGGAGGCCGUACUUGUCCUCUCCAAUCAGAUAGACUCAUAGACUGGCAGAUCUCUCUCUAAAGCUUCAUAUUUUCUAUUGAAACAAACAGCCUUGCUGUUUUAGAGUGAUAGUGAAAUGCCUCACCUUAAAAAGAAAUCUGUAGAUUAUUUUGAAAAGAAUUCUAUUUUUAUAACAGAAAAAGAGUUUGCUUGAGAAGUCAUACUUAUUUGCAUUUUCAUCUUUACCAUAGGACGGAGGAUUUGUGUAUAAGUGUUAUGCUGGUUUUGUACACUUGCGACGUGGUUCCUGGUUUGUUAAGAGACUGAGGUGGCCCUCUAACUGUUCGAGAUUCACAAGUGAAGCAUUUUCAAUGUUUUUUUUCAAACAUAAUAUUAUUCCCAUCCUGAUAAUUACUUUGGUUCAUAUGGAUAGUUCAUGUUUAA